CGACGUCGCGACGUCGAGAAAGGGAGGCGCGCGCGCGCGCUAUCGAAUAACAAACAAAGAGAGAAGGGGAUGUAACACGUCGAAGCGUGCGACGUUCGUACGUUUCGUUCUGGAAUACCAAUGAAUUUUGAAGUAUUCGACGCGUGACCCGAAUUCUGUUCCUUCGCCACCUCCUUCUUUUCCUUUUUCUCACUUUUCCAUUUACGCCUCGAUUUACGUCUCGCGGUUCGUCGAAUCUAUCAAAACGCCCAAGAUCCAACGUAACAACAGAAUAAACUGACAUUAUCGCCCGCGAAAUGGUAGGAUCGCGGAAGGAAGAGCAAUAAAGAGGGAUCAAGACUAGGAGACCGAGACCGAGACCGAGAACGUGGUAAAGAAGUGGGAGACCGAGGGAACACGGUUGUGUCCGCUUUUCCAUCCGUUCGUGCACGGGGGCCAAAAGCGGCGGAGGGCCGCUCAGUUUGCCUUCAGUCAUACCAAAGAACGCGCCGGAUCCCAUAGUAGCGUUCGCGUAUCCGUGCAAGAUAGUCGAUAAUCUCGCGAUUACCUUCUUUUUUCACAGGAGGGGAAACAGAUUCUAAACGACAAACGGACAACGAUGGAAGGCAACGUUGCCGGUGGAACGAUCGUUCUUCUGUUGAUCGCGAUCAGUCUUUCGGAGAUUUCGGCCUUGGCAACUAGCGUUCCAAGUUACAAGCUGAACGAUCGAUGCACCAAAGACGCGGAGUGCGAAUCGAGCAUCGAGGGUAGUCAAUGCCACUUUGGUCGUUGUCGCUGUUUGCCCUACUUUGCCGCGUACAACGGAACCUACUGUCUCGAGGCGACCCUUCUCGGCCAGGAGUGUUUGGUCGACGAACAAUGCACGUUGAAAGUGGCCAACAGCAAUUGCUCGGACGGAUUGUGCGGCUGCAAACACGGUUUCCUUCAAUUUCGUCGACACACGUGUCUCGGUCCGGCGAAACUCGGCCAAGUUUGCUACGAGCAUGCCCACUGUCGAUUAUGGGAGGCGAAUUCGCACUGCGAUUUCCUGAUCCCGAACUUGUUCGGUCGUUGCCAUGNGCCUACCCGCCGGGAGGCCGACGUUUGUCGGCCGGACGAUCUGGUCAGACCUCCGCCAUUGUUCGACGAUUCCUUACCGAUCAUUACCGAUCGAGUAAUCCCUACGGGAGAAGAGGAGGAGGAAACGGGAGUUGAAAUCGCCUGGCUGAAGAGGAACGAAACUCGAUCGACAUCGGCCACCUUCUUACCGACGGAUUCGAUCGACUCGAACGAAGACGACGCGAUCGUCGUCGAGGCUGCCAACGAGACCGGGGUUACCAACGGUGCAUGGUUGUUGUCAGCGUCGCCGUUCAAGACGGAUCGAGAAGUGGACGCGGCGAGCACCGAGCCGUCGUUCUCACCGGUCACCUUGGGCCACGAUUGCGUCUCCGAUUUCGAGUGUCGAUCGGCCGAUCCCCAUUCCAGAUGCAUCGAUCGAGUAUGCGAGUGCGAAUAUCGAGGGAACGGGAGUAGCUGCACAUCGAGGAAGACGGGAUGCGCGGCUGGCACGUUCCAAUGCAAAAGCUCGGGGAUCUGUAUCAGCUGGUUCUUCGUCUGUGACGGGAGAUCGGAUUGCGAGGACGGCUCGGACGAGCGUUGCUCGAUCUCGGGGAAAGGAUCGAGGUGUCCCGCACAAGCGUUCAGAUGCGCUCGAAGCGACGUUUGCGUGUCGAGGGUGUGCGACGGGAAACGGGAUUGCCCGCGUGGCGAGGACGAACUCGGCUGCAACGAUCGACGAAAGUGUCCAGAGGGCGCGUUCAGAUGCGACAACGGGCAAUGCCUGCCGGCGUACGAGUUUUGCAACGCUGUGGUCUCUUGCCGGGAUGGAAGCGACGAGCCUAGGGACGCGUGUCGGAGGCAAGGAAGAGGGGGAAGAAACGCGAUGGCGGCGUCUCGUUGCCCGUUCAGAUGCGACAACGGCAGGUGUCGUUCCGACGCGAUCGCCUGCAGCGGCCGCGACGGUUGCGGCGACGGUUCCGACGAGAGCCGCUGUUCCGUUUGCAGAUGUUCGCCUUUCCCUUGAAUCUUAUCGAAGCGGAAACGAUUUCCGGAUUCGACGAUACGAGAGAUACGUUUACGAAGGAAGGGGAGGAUAUAUGUAUAUGUAUAUGUAUAUGACGGAAUUGCGAUUGGAAAUAAAGGAAUUGAGAGAGAGAAAGAGAGAGAGAGAAAAAAAGAAAA